UUACUCAUAUCAAACAUCAAUCUUCUACACACAAGAUCCAACUUAAAGUUCAAUAACCUAGCUACUACUACAACAACAAGUUUCUUCUUGAUCUCAUACACAAGCUUUAGAAAUGGCAACAGCAUCGUUCAACAUGCAAUCAGUCUUCGCCGGUGGAUUGACCACUACCCGCAAGAUCAACACCAACAAGCUUUUUUCUGCCGGUAGCUUCCCUAACCUCAAGAGGAACUUUCCGGUUGGAGUGAGAUGCAUGGCUGAGGGAGAUCCCACGAAGCAAGACUCUACACCUACACCCUCUACCUCCGCAUCUCAGCCGUUACCUAAGUCACCAUCGCCUCCUCCUCCCAUGAAACCUAAGGUGAGCACCAAGUUUAGCGACUUGCUAGCGUUCAGCGGUCCAGCACCAGAGAGAAUCAACGGACGUUUAGCGAUGGUUGGAUUCGUGGCUGCUUUGGCCGUUGAGCUAUCUAAAGGUGAAAACGUUUUGGCUCAGAUCUCCGACGGUGGAGUCUCGUGGUUCCUCGGUACUACUGCGAUCUUGACACUUGCCUCGCUUGUGCCACUUUUCAAGGGCAUUACCGCCGAGUCAAAGUCCGAUGGUAUCAUGACAUCAGACGCUGAGCUUUGGAACGGACGUUUCGCUAUGCUCGGUUUGGUCGCGUUGGCCUUCACUGAGUUCGUCAAGGGAGGAACACUCGUCUAAGGGACAAGCUAGAAUACGUAUAUCGGGAGGAUGUUUUAUUACGAUUUUGCCCAUGUAUGUAUGUUCUCUGUAAAGUAUGGUAAUUUGUGUUUAGGCCUAUAUUGUGUGUCUUUAUACAUAUGUACUAGUGACAUUUGAAACGUUUAAACGCUUUUGAUAUAAGAGUGAUGUUCAUUAACAUUAAAACGUUCAA